CCUCUCCUCUCUCCGAGCUCGUAUGUUGUGAUUUUCUCACCUUUUAUCCUUUAUCUUUGAGAAGAUGAGGAAGCCUGUAAAAGAAACAUCUUCUUCUGAUGAAACUGAAGAACUGAAUGUUCAACAGCCGGAACAGCCUGAAAGUUUCGGAUCCAAAAGAGUUCAUAAAUCUGAGCAAAUUGGAAGUGGAAAAGAGAUGGUAGAUGUUCGAGGGGAGACCUAAGUUAUGGCUUCUUCUUACCACCAACCAAAGGGAGGAGGUCAGAAGAUUCAGCUGGGAGAACAUAUGAGGAAACUGAGAGUUCAAUUUGACGAUCUAAAGAAUACAAAGGAAGAGUUGGUACAGGAGAACGAGAGUUUUAAAUCUGAGAUUACUGCUCUGGAGCAGAAGAUAGAGAGACUAAGAAAGUUAAAGGUAACAUCUCUAUCUUCAUCUCUUUUUCUCUUCUAUUUAUGGAUAGUAGCAAAUUGUGUUCUUUCUCUAGAUUUUUUAAAUGAUUCUUCAAAAUGAUGAAUGAAAUGCCAUCAGCUGCUUUAUAAUUUUUUAGGCUCUAUUUAGUAUGAUUGUAGUUUUUGGUUUUUAUAAAUUUUGCAAUCCUAA